AUGGCUCACCACAAUGUCAACUUUCUCACGUUCCUCGAUCAAAUUCUUCCAGAUCGAAGAUCACCCGAUGUCAGACAGAACGACAUCGUAGGCAAUGCGAUCAGAAACACCAUCGACUUCUGGACUAGUGGUCUUGACAUGAGCAAUUACUCUGCUCAUGUUCUUGUCAUCGCCAACGAACUCAUCUCCUUGAUCGCCCUUGGUGACGGACAACAAAGAUGGAUGGUCAUUUUGGCAUUGAAAUGGCUAGUCGAGGAGGCAGAGUUCCUUGUGGAGGAAUUUGAGGACAUGGAAGAUGAGUUGGAGAUGGUGUUCCUCUGCGGGUUGAUGGACGAACUUCAAAUGCUUUGGUAUGGGGUGAUUCGUAUUUGA